AUGGCGAAAAAUCUUUCAGCACAAGAGAUUAUCAAGACCUUGAAUCUCUCCCCACAUCCAGAAAAAGGGUACUACGUCGAGACCUUCCGCGACCGCCAUUCAUCAAACACUCGCUCGCACAGCACCUGUAUUUAUUAUCUUCUCGAGGGAGAAAGUGGCCUCUCGCAAUGGCACCGUGUUCUCGAUGGCACCGAGGUAUGGCACUACUACGCUGGCGCCCCUAUGCAACUAUCACUAUCCUGGGAUGAUGGGAAACCCACCCGGGACAUGAUUCUGGGCAUUGAUUUUGCAAAGGGCGAACGGCCACAGGCUAUCGUUGAGCGUGGAGAGUGGCAGCAUGCGAGGAGUCUAGGUGAUUGGACACUCGUGGGGUGUACGGUGGCGCCGGCCUUCUUAUUCGAGUCGUUUGAGAUGGCUGAAAUGGGAUGGGAACCUCGCUCGGCCACUGAAGGCGAGGUCCACGACUAA